AUGGAGGUAGAGGAGGUGGUGAGUCUGCCAAGGUUGUCCCGGGUUGCUGUAUGCGGCGGUACCCAUGGCAACGAGCUGUCUGGGGUGUAUUUGGUGAGAGAGCUGCUGAAGGUACAGAAGAAGGAGGAGGAGCAAGGUGAUCCGCCUAUGUCAGUGUUGAUGGUGCUGUCGAACCCGCGGGCCAUGCUGCAGUGCCGUAGAUACAUCGACACCGACUUGAACCGCUGCUUCACCCACGCCAUCCUCAAUGGUCCCUUAUCAGAUAUGGCCCCCCUCGAGAUGAUCAGGUCCAGAGAACUGAACGCCAUGCUGGGGCCUAAAGGGAGUCCUGAGGCGAUGGAUUUUGUUUGUGACCUCCACAACACCACUGCCAACAUGGGCCUGUGCCUCAUCGCUUACUCAGACAGUGACUGGAUCUGCCUGCACAUAUUCAAACAUCUGCAGAGGCUGAUGCCAGAUAUACCAGUGAGGUACAUCCAUUUUGACGUCUCCCAUAAAGAAUCAUAUUCUCUAGAUUCAGUUGGGAAACACGGAUUUGCCAUUGAGAUCGGUCCUCAGCCCCAUGGUGUGGUGAGGUCAAACGUCUACACAGCCAUGAAACUUGGGGUCCAACACAUGCUUGAUUGGAUCCGUUUCUUCAACUCAGGUGCUACUAUUGAAGGAGGAUUUGUUGAGGUGUACACCAUGGUUAAACACAUUGACUAUCCAAGAGACAAAGAGACUCACCACAUCACAGCAGCAAUUCAUCCUCAACUCCAGGACCGAGAUUUCUGUCCGCUCCAUCCUGGGGACCCUCUGUUUCAGACUUUCUCUGGUGAAACGCUGAGGUAUAAAGGGAGCGAACCUCUUUAUCCCUUCUUCAUCAAUGAAUGUGCAUAUUACGAAAAGGGCAUUGCUCUCUCCCUGGCAAGAAAGAAGUGUGUGAAGAUUCCCGCAAUCCGGGUGCAGACAGAAGAGGAGCAACUAGCUAACCCCCAGGCGUACGAUUCAGAAGACGAGGACUGA